GUGCGUUCGGCGAACACUUCGCGAGCGGACGCGCGUUAUACGCCCUCAUCGUAAGCACGCUUCCACGCUGCGCUUUCGCUCAUAUACUGCUCUCUCACGCUGCUAUCUCCGCUCUGACCCCCGCUCUCUACACUCGUUAUCUCCGCGUGCACGUCUCGCUUGGUCGUCGAGUGUGUGCGUCGCUGAUGAAGCCCUCGCUGCACCGAUGAACAAACGGAGCCAAGAAUCCGAAUAGAGAUCGAGAUCGAAAGAUGCAACGCUAGAUCGAGUAUCGAAAAGCUCGCGUCCUAGGCAACCCGAAAAUCCGCAGGCUGCAUCCAGAACGACCCUGUUGAGGGAGAACGGAGCAAAACUCGAGCGGGAGAGUGCGGCGUGUGCGCGCCGCCACGUGACUACGCCGGCCGCGGCGGGCGGAAAGUUGCUCGCGGAAAACGGCUAUUUGCCUUCGUUCCCGCACGCGCACGCGAGAGAGACAUUCUUCCGGGGAAAGAGAGAAGCGUCGGCAGUGCGAGGAAUGAUCUGAGGGAGGAUUAAAGGCAGUGCGCGGCUAGAGGAAGGGACCCUCCCGUGCUUGCGGGCAAAGGCUGCAUAAACAUGUAUCUCGUGUAAGAACUGCUGUGCGAUUUAUCUGUGGAGACUCCGCGGACUCUGGGGAUCUUGCGGACGGGACAAGUGUACGCCGGCGAGAUCAGUGUAUACCUAGGACUGCCCCUGGAGUUCACCAAGCCCGGAGAGGAAAUCACAGCGCAUCAACGUGACCGGGCCGAGCGGAGACGAUCCUCGAGGCGGCGCGACUCCAGCGAGGAGUGAAGCCCGAGGUACAUGAAAGGUCAUGAACUACUCUGAAGGUGCGUACGCUACAAUGCUUUCCGGAAUUCCGCAGUCGACCAGUGAGUGACCGCGCUCGUCCGACCAACCACCAUCCAUGACUAGCAAUUUACGAAACAAAGCUGGGAAGGGACGCCUUUACCCGGCUUACAGCCUCAGCGGUAGCGAGGGCGAGGAGACGACGCAGAGCUGCAACAGCGCGCUGCCGCCACCGAGUCACCGCUCCGUCUCUGCCGCUGGGACCGCCGGCCGCGGCGGCUACCCGGCCAACAACCACCAGCAGGGUUACGGCUCGGCUCAGCACAAGCAGCGCUCUUAUCAGCAACAGUCACUGCAACAGCAGCAGCAGCAUCCGCUCUACCACGUGCCGAGCAGUGGAGCCGGACUCAGCGACACCCCAACUUCGGGCAACGCCUCCGACGAGACCCUCACCGACAGUGAGCUCACUAACCUCGCCAGGGACUCGACUCUUCUCGUCCAUAACGGGUGUUUGUUGGACAGCGCGGCACCGCGGGUACCACCCGAUGUGCCACCCCGCAAUCCCACAAUGAGCCGACUGAACGGAAGGUUGCCAGGAAGCCACGCGGCCAGUGAUCACGAGAGAGAUCCCGACCUGGAGCCAUCCUGCUUGGUGCGCACCCCAUCCGGUAACUUCUACAACAUAUCCAAGAAACCGAAGAAUGAUUACAACAAUAAGAAUCAGUCAACGGGAAACAGUCCAAUAAAAGUCGAAUUACAAAACAACAUGGACAGGAUGCCAUUGCCGUACGGACACGCCUCCUCGAUGAUCCCGAUGAGGAGGCAGAGCAUCCGCUGUCAUUUCCGCAAGGGCAUCGAUUGGUGCAGCUGGAAGCUCAUUGCGAUUGUUGUGAUAAUGGUCUCACUCUGCCUAUUGGCAGCCCUUACUUAUGUAGCAGCAUCGAACAUGGUGAACUGGUACCAGGGCACCAAAGCCUGCACGGUUCUUGUCGGCGAUGGCACGGACGGCAGCAAAUCGGCCCUGGACGGCACAGCUGCCGGGAAGAACAGCAGCUCCUCGUCGACGCCGUCAUCCAGCUCGGCCGGCGGCAGCGGGGCGGGCGGCAAGCGCCAGCAAUCCGGCUCUGGAGGUAAUUCACAGCUACCAGUUUACGCCCGCAAGCGCAGAGCUGCGAACUAUGACGAGCAUGACUCUCCCGCGGUGGUUGUUAACGAUUUCGCGGACUCGCGAAUGCAUGAUGGGUCUGCUACUACUACUGCUGCUACUCAGGUGGUGAACGAGGAAGCAAAACUCGAGACACAAACGACUCUUUCCUCGGACACUAACACGCGCUCUAUCGCUCCUAUUAAUACUAGUGGUAGUGAUGAAUCUUUUGUUUCGUUUUUGCCUGACGAGGCUGAACUUGUUACUGGUGAUGGAUGGUCUAUUUCUGAUCGCGAGGUUUUGGAUACGACGACUCUGUCUUACGAAGAGAUAGAGUCCUCGACUGACGGUUACGGGGAUGAUUCGGGUACAACUAUCGUGGAUCCGGGCGACUUUAUAGAGGAAAUCGAGGAUGUCCCGGAGGCUUUGGAAGAUGACGCGAGUACUUCUACUGAGAGGAACGAAGCCGAGAGCGAAACUGUGGUGGCUCUCGCUACCGACGAACCGUUUAUAGAGUCUACUACACCGGAGAUUCCGAUCGAUGUUUUGUCGAAAGAUGAAAAACAAACGAAAGAGACCAGUCACGAGGAAGUUCUGGCAGAUCAGGCCGACGAGGAACUUCAACACGAUUCACCCGGUCCCUUCAAUUUCUAUCAACACGAGGACUUGGAAAUCGUGAAUCUUAAAAGCGAAGUUACCGCCGACAAGCUCACCAAAACCAAAGAUCCGUCGUACACGGAAAACGACGUGACGCUGAUUGACGACAGCUCGACUUACGACGAAGACGUGAGGGAGCUCGAGGAGCUCAUGAAGAAGCCUGACAAGCGCGAGUUUUUCCGUAAAUUGGACGAGAAAUUUGGUGUUGUGAGUGACGAUAAAACGAGGACGAAAAUUGUCAGUAGGCCUAAAGAAGAAAAUGACUAUCGCUAUCUAUCUAAUUCGUUAAACCGCUCGACGAUCGAAAAUACUAAUAGAAAUGCCACUUAUCAAUCCAACUCAUCGACAUCGAAAACUAAUAUUCAUCAGGAGGACAGUUCAGUCACUCCUUCAGCGUAUACAGUCGAGCAAACUACCAAGCAAGACGCAGGCCAACUUAAAGCAAGUACUAACGUGGUUUUGGUAAACGUGACCAUAGCAUCUGGAAACGCGAAGAAACCACUGUACGUGGUAUCGGUAUCGGUGCCUACAAACAGCGAGACUUCAUCCAUCAAUAUCAACGUCCCCCCUUACCCCAAAGAAAGCUCUUCAUCUAAUAAAAGCGAGCACGAGAAGGCAACUAACCACGUAACCGAGUCCAUCGAAAAAUCACUUGCGAGCAUUCAAAAAUCGCUCGGAACAAUAGAAAAAACUCUUGGUCUCGGUGAAAAGUUACCCCACGAUAUCGAAAUGAUGUCGGCAAAGGUGACUGAAGCUUCCGAGUUCGUUAACGCUUCGCUUGCGAACAAAACUACUGCAACUAACAAUUCGGAGGAGCACGGAUCUAAGGAAAGCUUGGUGACCGAUAUGGGGAUAGCUUUGACAUUACCACCGCCUCCGAAACCGCCGAGCUCGCCGCCACCUCCAGUCUGGGCAGGCGGCGAGUGCGAAUGCUUCUGCCCUUGCAUGGAUAUGCUCGAGUCGGUUUCCGAGGAGCCAGAUCCUUACUGGGACGAGAUGGUAAGCGAUGAGCCUUUGCUCUUUGAAGAUUACAGUAAUGCAACAGAGACUAAGAUGGAGGCCAAUGCGACCACUGCGCAGAUGUCGCUUAGUAAGGACGAGAUGACGACAUCUAGAAGUGAUGAGGAUGGUAGGACGAAGUGCGAAGUGGCCACAACGGCCAUGCCUCCGGAGCCAGUUAUUUUGAUUCUGGAAGGCGGCAGAACGUUCCCUGCGCGCUCUUUCCCACCGGACGGCACGACGUUCGCCCAGGUCGUGCUAGGCCAGCGCCUCAACAAGGAAAUCCCCGCUUACAGCUACUGGAACAUGCAAUUCUAUCAGUCGGAGCCUGCCUACGUCAGAUUCGACUACAAUAUCCCAAGAGGUGCAAGCAUCGGUGUCUAUGCCAGGAGAAAUGCACUGCCCACGCACACGCAGUAUGAUCUGCUCGAGGUGCUUAGUGGCUUCAAGGCCAGGACUACCAGAAGCUCGCACCAACCUUCGAUCAAGAAGGAAGUGACGCACUACAUGGAACCCGGCCAUUGGUUCCUCUCGCUCUACAACGACGACGGCGAUCCACAGGAGGUCAGCCUGAUCGCAGUGAUCGCCGAGGACAUGACGCACAACUGCCCGAACGGUUGCAGCGGUAAAGGCGAGUGCCUGCUCGGUCACUGCCAGUGCAACCCAGGCUUCGGCGGCGAGGACUGCAGCGAGAGCGUCUGCCCAGUACUCUGCAGCCAACGUGGCGAGUACAUCAACGGCGAGUGCCAGUGCAACCCGGGCUGGAAGGGCAAAGAAUGCUCGCUUCGCCAUGACGAGUGCGAGGUACCGGACUGCAACGGUCACGGACACUGCACCAACGGCAAGUGCAACUGCGUGCGCGGUUACAAAGGCAAAUUCUGCGAAGAGGUGGACUGCCCGCACCCGACCUGCUCUGGCCACGGCUUCUGCGCCGAGGGAACUUGCAUUUGUAAGAAGGGUUGGAAGGGCGCCGAUUGUAGCCAGAUGGAUAAGGAGGCUCUGCAAUGCCUUCCUGGCUGCAGCGGUCAUGGAAACUUUGAUCUGGAGACGCAGACUUGCCUUUGCGAGCCUAUGUGGUCCGGUGACGAUUGCUCGAAGGAGCUUUGCGACCUGGACUGUGGACUACACGGCCAUUGCGUGGACAACGCGUGUGACUGCCUACCCGGCUGGUCCGGCGAGCUCUGCAAUCUCAAGCAGUGCGAUCCGCGCUGCAACGAGCACGGACAAUGCAAAAACGGAACCUGUCUCUGUGUCACUGGCUGGAACGGCCGCCACUGCACCAUGGAGGGCUGCCCGAACUCCUGCUCUGGACAUGGACAGUGCAAAGUUAAUUCCGACGCCCAGUGGGAGUGCAGGUGCUACGACGGAUGGAACGGCAAGGACUGCAGCGUGUACUUGGAGCAGGACUGCAGCGAUGGCAGAGACAACGAUAAAGAUGGUCUCGUCGAUUGUGCCGACCCAGAGUGCUGCUCAAAUGCCAAAUGCCGUACCAGUCAAUUGUGCGUCUCCGCACCGAAACCUAUCGAUAUUUUACUGAGGAAGCAGCCACCCGCAAUCACGGCUUCGUUCUUCGAAAGAAUGAAAUUCUUGAUUGACGACGGUAGUCUGCAGAACUAUGCGCGUCAAGAAACGUUUAACGAGAGUGUGUUCUGGAAUCACUUCAACACAAGUCGUUCAGCAGUAGUUCGCGGUCGCGUCGUCACAUCGUUGGGCAUGGGCCUGAUGGGUGUGCGCGUGAGCACGAGCACGCCCCAGGAAGGCUUCACCCUCACCCGCGACGAUGGCUGGUUCGAUCUUCUGGUCAACGGUGGUGGCGCAGUUACCCUGCAGUUCGGCAGGUCACCGUUCAAACCCCAGAGCCACAUUGUCUUCGUGCCCUGGAACGAGGUGGUGAUAAUCAACAAAAUUGUGAUGAGCACGGCGGACGAGAAAACGCCGGUGCAUGUGAUUCAUAGCUGCGCUGCCCAUGACUACGACCUGAUGAAACCCGUUGUUCUGGCGACCUGGAAACACGGCUUCCAAGGUGCCUGUCCCGAUAAGAGUGCCAUCCUCGCCGAGUCCCAGGUUGUCCAGGAGAGUCUGCAGAUUCCCGGAACUGGGCUGAACCUCGUGUACCACAGCUCUAGAGCAGCUGGUUACUUGUCGACUAUUCAACUGCAACUGACCCCUGAAGUCAUACCACCUACUCUGAAUCUCAUUCACCUCAGAAUUACAAUUGAGGGUAUACUCUUUGAAAAAACUUUUGAAGCCGAUCCAGUCAUCAAGUUUACUUAUGCUUGGAACCGAUUGAACGUCUACCGUCAGCGUGUCUACGGAGUAACUACCGCUAUGGUCAAAGUUGGCUACGAGUACAGCGACUGUAAAGACGUCAUCUGGGAUGUACAGACCACCAAACUUAGCGGCCACGAUAUGUCAAUCUCAGAAGUCGGAGGCUGGAAUCUCGAUAUCCACCACCGAUACAACUUCCACGAGGGAAUCUUGCAGAAAGGUGAUGGCUCCAACAUCUACCUGAAGCACAAGCCCCGUGUCAUCCUGACUACUAUGGGCGACGGACAUCAGAGGCCACUAGAAUGCUACGAUUGCGAUGGCCAAGCAUCUAAGCAACGGUUACUGGCACCAGUGGCGCUCGCUACUGCUCCAGAUGGUUCGAUCUUUGUAGGAGAUUUCAAUCUCGUUAGGAAAAUUCUAGUCGAUGGCACCGUCAAAACUAUCGUACGAUUAAACGCCACUAGAGUUUCCUACCGCUACCACAUAGCUUUGAGUCCUUUGGAUGGUUCUCUCUACAUCAGCGACCCAGAAUCUCACCAAAUUAUUCGAGUACGUAACACUACCGACUACUCUGAUCCCGAGCACAAUUGGGAGACGGUCGUCGGAUCGGGUGAGCGUUGUCUUCCUGGCGAUGAGGCUCAUUGCGGUGACGGCGCUUUGGCACGUGACGCCAAGCUCGCUUAUCCUAAGGGCGUCGCUAUCUCUGCUGACAACGUGUUGUACUUCGCUGAUGGAACCAAUAUCCGUAUGGUAGACAGAGAUGGCAUUAUUACGACCAUCAUCGGCAAUCACAUGCACAAGUCUCAUUGGAAGCCGAUCCCCUGCGAAGGUACCUUGAACGUUGAAGAAGUCCAUCUACGUUGGCCAACCGAAUUGUCCAUCAACCCACUGGACAAUUCCCUGCAUAUGAUCGACGACCACAUGGUCCUUCAACUGGCACCCGACGGUCGCGUUAAAGUGGUUGCUGGACGCCCACUGCACUGCGCAUCGCCCUCAUCGACUUUCGACACUGAACUCGCUACUCAUGCCACCCUCGUCAUGCCCCAGAGCAUUGCUUUUGGGCCCUCGGGUGAUCUUUAUAUUGCCGAGAGCGACUCGCAGAGAAUCAACCGCGUUCGUGUCAUCGGAACAGACGGCAAAAUCUCCGCUUACGCUGGAGCUGAGUCUAAGUGCAACUGUCUGGAGCGAGGCUGUGACUGCUUCGAAGCUGACCAUUACUUGGCUUCUACGUCAAAGUUCAAUACGAUUUCAGCUGUCGCUGUCAGCCCAGACGGUGUAGUACACAUCGGCGACCAGGCCAACUACAGAAUUCGUUCUGUCAUGGCCAGCAUUCCGGAUGCCAGCGAUGCUCGCGAAUACGAAAUAUACUCACCUGACACCCAAGAGAUCUACGUGUUUAAUCGUUUUGGUCAGCACAUUGCCACCAAGAACAUCCUUACCGGCGAGACCAUCUACACGUUUGCCUACAAUGUUAACACCAGCAAUGGUAGACUGAGCACUGUUACGGAUGCCGCGGGCAACAAAGUAUUCCUGCUCAGAGACUACAGCGCUCAAGUCAACUCGAUCGAAAACACUAAGGGUCAGAAGUGCCGACUUCGUAUGUCGCGUAUGAAGCUGCUGCAUGAAUUGAGUACUCCUGAUAAUUACAAUGUCACUUUUGAAUACUACGAACCUACUGGUUUACUGAAGACCAAAUUAGACUCGACCGGUCGCAGCUACGUCUACAACUACGACGAGUUUGGUAGGCUGACCAGUGCUGUAACACCAACUGGUAAGGUCAUCAGUCUCACCUUCGAUCUAAGCCUAAAAGGAGCCACGGUGAAGGUAGGACAGAACAGCAGGAAACCAGUGUCGAUGCUCAUCAAGGGCUCUUCUGUAGUAACCAAAAUCGGUGAAGCCGAACAGAGAACUACUGUACUGGGCGACGGUAGCGUUGGACGAAUGACUCCGUGGUCGCACACCGUCAGCACUGACACCAUGCCCUACUCCAUCCUUGCCGAAAUCGAACCACUUUUAGGCGAGAGCUACCCUGUGCCAGCCAAACAACGAACAGAGAUUGCUGGUGACUUGGCCAACCGUUUUGAGUGGCGCUACUUCUUGCGCAAGGUGCAGGCUAACAAGAAUCGUGGUUCAAGCAAUGCUGCAAAGACUAUUGCCCAGGUCGGUAGGAAACUUCGUGUUAACGGCGAUUUCCUCCUCUCACUUGAGUACGACCGAGAAUCGAACACGGUAGCUGUAUUUAAGGAUGACCGCGUAGAACUUCUCAAUGUGACAUACGACAAGACCGCAAGACCGAUUAAAUGGGGACCUCGCGAUGGCAUCUUCGCUGGCGUAGAUCUCGAGUACGACAGAUUCAGCCGACUCGUCAGCUGGAGAUGGGGUAACAUGAGCGAGACCUACGGCUUCGAUCAGGCUGGACGUCUUUAUGAGAUCAAAUACAGCGACGGUACGUCGAUGGUCUACGCUUUCAAAGAUAUAUUCAGUAGCUUACCUCUAAAGGUGACUACGCCUCGAGGCAGCGACUAUUUGCUACAAUACGACGAGGCCGGAGCUUUACAGUCCCUCACUACUCCCCGAGGACACAUUCACGCGUUCUCUUUGCAGACGUCACUUGGAUUCUACAAGUACCAGUACUACUCGCCCAUGAACCGACAUCCGUAUGAGAUUCUCUACAACGAUGAUGGUCAGAUCCUUGCCAAGGUCUACCCUCAUCAGAGUGGAAAGGUUGCCUACGUCUACGAUCAUAAUGGCAAGCUCGAGACCACUCUUGCCGGUCAAUCGUCUACCCACUACACCUACCAAGAAACCAAUUCUCUGGUGCGCAGCAUUGACAUUAAUGAACCGAACUUCGAGAUGCGCGUCGAAUACAAGUAUCACGCUGGCAUUGUUAAGGAUGAAAAGAUAAAGUACGGUAGCAAAAGUGGUCUGGACAACGCCCACUUCCGUUAUCAAUACGAUGGAAAUGCGCGAAUUUCGGGCAUCGAUGUCGAUGUUAGCGGGAAACAGCUGCAGCCAAUAAGACUGAAGUACGACCAGAAUUUGGGUGUGCUCGAAGCCGUCAACGAUCUGAGAAUCUACAGAAAUCUGUUCAACCGAUCAGUGAUGCAGGAUUCGAGCAAGCAGUUCUUCACUGUCACCGAUUACGACGAGCAUGGCAGAGUCAAAACCAUCUUGAUGAACAUCAGGUCGUUGGAUGUGUUCAGGAUGGAGUUGGAGUACGACAAUAGGAAUAGAAUCAAGAUGCGCAAGCUGAUGAUUGGCAAAGACUCAGUUGAGAAGAAAGAAUGGACUCGCAUGGACAAGAUAACUUACAAUGCCGAUGGUCACGUAUUGGAAGUCGCCGACACCGACAUCUCCUGGCAGUACGCUUACGACGAGAAUGGCAACGUAGUUGGUGUGACCGAACGAAACGAGAAGAUUACUUUAGGUUACGACAGCGGUGAUCGCGUCGUACAGUACGGUGACGUUGAAUUCAACUCUUACGAUCAACGUGGAUUUGUCGUCAUACGCGGCGAACACAAAUACCGCUACAACUCGCGAGGCCAGCUAAUUCAUGCGGCAGAGCACAAGCAAUUCCAGAUCUCGUACUACUACGAUGACAGGGGCAGACUCGUUGCUUGGAACGAUGACCGCGAUAAUGUCACCCAAUUCUUCUACGCCAAUCCGAAGACUCCUGAUCUCAUAACUCAUCUGCACUUCCCCAAAACUCAGAGAACAUUCAGGUUCCUGUACGACUCUAGGAACUUCCUUAUGGCUGUGGAAACUUCUGAACAAAGGUUCUACGUUGCUACGGAUCAGAAUGGUUCGCCCCUUGCACUUUUCGAUACCAAUGGCAAUCUCUACAAGGAGAUGAGACGAACACCUUUCGGAAAAAUCAUCAAGGAUACCAAUCCCGACUUCUAUCUGCCUAUCGACUUCCACGGAGGUCUAUUCGAUCCCAAUACUAAACUUAUUUAUCUAAAUAAGAGGUUGUACGACCCAACUGUAGGACAGUGGAUGACACCAGCUUGGGAGCAGAUGGCCAAUGAACUGACGACACCUACUGACAUCUUCAUAUAUCGUUUCCGCAAUAAUGAUCCGAUCAAUCUUAAGCAGAACGUUGAAUAUAUGACUGAUUUGCCAUCAUGGCUGAAACUCUAUGGCUAUGACAUCAACGCAAUGCUUGGUUCUGAAUAUACCAAGGAAAUGGUCUACCAGCCAACUGCAACCAUCACUUCGCCACAGCUGACGCCUGACUUUGGUGUUAUGAGUGGACUCCAAUGCAUUGUCAACCGAGUACACGACAAAUUCUCAGAUCUUGGAUUUGUACCCAAACCUCUGUUAAAACUCGAACCAAAGACGAGAAAUCUUUUACCCAGAGUAGCACACAGGCGAGCUGUUUUCGGUGAAGGUAUCCUGGUCUCUAGAAUCGGUGGCCGUGCCCUUGUAAGCGUUGUCGACGGUGUCAACAGCGUUGUGCAAGAUGUAAUGACAUCAGUGAUCAACAAUUCGUACUUUUUGCCACUGCACUUCAGCGUUCACGAUCAGGACGUAUUCUACUUCGUUAAAGACAACGCCCUUAAGAUCCGCGACGAUACAGACGAAUUAAAGAGGUUGGGUAGCAUGUUCAACGUAUCCACUCACGAAACCACGGAACACGGUGGUGGUACCUACAAGGAGCUGAGAUUGCACAGCGUUGAUGCCGUAGUCGUGAUCAGGUAUGGAGCUGACCCGGAACAGGAGAGGCACAGAAUUUUGAAGCACGCGCACAAGCGAGCUGUUGAGCGAGCCUGGGAGAUCGAGAAGCAGCUGGUAGCCGCUGGCUUUCAGGGCCGUGGCGAUUGGACCAAAGAGGAGAAAGACGAACUCAUCAGCCGUGGCAUAGUCGAGGGCUAUGAAGGUGUUGACAUCCACAGUGUCCACAGGUAUCCACAAUUAGCCGACGACCCUGGUAAUGUUAUGUUUAACCGAGAUACCAAACGAAAGAGGCGAAAGAGCGGUAGUAAUAGGAGAGCCAGGGGUUAUAGUCACGACUCGUGACUAGAGGAGGAUUACGAGGAGUUUUAAGGAGUUUUUUUUUCGUUUGAGUUCGAAGUGGUGAAUGAUGACGAUGUAUUUUCGUAAUGCGGAUCGCUGUGUUAUCCUUUUUGGCUUCAAUUUUACAUUUAGUGGUUAUUUUGAAAAUUGAAAAUAAUAAGAGAUACGAUUUACUUUUUUUUUAAAUAACGGUGCCAUUUUUAUCAUGAAAUAAUAUGUAAGAAACGAGGCAGGAGUAAUGAAGCAAAAGGGAUCAUAGCAUACGCAAGAAAUUAAAGCUAGUCGAAGCGAAUGUGUGGGUGAUGCAGGCGAAAAAGAAUUGUUAACAAACUUGUUUAUUUUAUUCGAUAAGUAAUACGUGAUAAUUGCCACUUUGAACUUUUUCUUUGAAUUUUUAAUUGUUUAAUGUACUUCUUUUAUUAUCAAGCAGAGAAAUAUUAGUUUUUCUUUCGAAUAUAAAGGGUGGCGAAGUACAGUGGCCUAAUACUUUUUUUCGCAAAACAGUAACAGGGUCUAAGACACAAACAAACAAAUAAAUGCAGACAUGAGCGAAGGAAUAUUCGUCCAUUUGAAGGAGUUAAGUGAUCGCGCUUUUCUCUGGGCAAAAAUAAAAGGAAGUGACAUGUGGCAGAGUCAAAAUAGGCAAAAAGCACAUAUUUUUAAAAAAGAAUUGCAAUGCGCGAUCGAAAAAAGAAAGAAAAAUGAAGAAGGUGGAAGUAAGUGGAAAUAAUCUUAUAGCGAACGAUUUAAUUUAAGUAUGGAAGCGUUAUAUAAGGCGACUUUGUAAAUACGGCUAAUCAAUUAAUAUUGUACAUGUAGAUAUUUACUGUAUGAAAUAAUUUAUAACGUUAAGACUCGAGUGAAACUGUCGAUCAACGCUUUUUUAUAUUUAAAACUCGAGUACACAUAGACACUUAUACACGUAAAACACGGAAGUACACUGAAAAUAGUAGCGUCGAUUUUUCUCUCUUUUAUGUUGCAUCUCUUCUUCUCUCAUCUCUUCACUCGAAUCUUUCGUUACAAAAAUAACGUGGGAGAAAAAUCGACCCUGCUUGCUACAUUCUAAGAAAAUAAAAAUGCAUUUACCGUGUAGUUAAUGAAUAAAAAGUGAAAGCACAAGGAAAAUUCGAGGACCGCGGAGAAAAUAAUUUGUAUAUAAUGAUAUUUAAUAAUAAUAAAAAAGAAAAAUCAAUGUAAUAAGCGAUAAUGGAACUUUAAGAAAGUCGUUUGAAUUAUUUGACGAUUGUACUACAGGGGGAAACGAAAAGCUAUUAGAGACGAUAAAACGAAGAGCGAUUUGAAUGUUUGUUAGGAAGCAGAUGUUUAAUCAAGAUACAAUGUCCAAAGGGAAAAUAAUAAACUUAAUAUUUAAGUAAA